AUGAAAAAAGACCGUCAAUCAUUACUCUCAAAUGAACCUUUUAAAAUAGGUGAAAACCCCUAUAAGGCUUUCUUAGUAUUAAGAUAGCCUCAAUUAGAUGAACCUGAGAAGCCCUAACUUGUUCAUUAGAUCAACGAACAUACAGUCUAAGCUAAGGAUUAAUAGUACUAGUUUAGUGGAAUCUUUGCAAAUAAGAACUCUAACGAAGACAUUUACAAAGCAGUAUUUAGGGAUUUAAUUUCACAUUUUUUGGCAGGAGAGUCUCAUAUGAUAUAAAUCUUAGGAGAACGACAUUCAGGAAAAGCUACUUUAGCUAUUGGAAAUAUGAGAAAUCCAGGACUGGUAUUACUUAUUAUGUAGGAGAUCUUUAAUUUUAUUGAAGAGAAAUUUCUUGAAAACAACAUCACUAUUAAAAUGAGUGCAUUUGAGUUUGACGAAACUGGUUUCAAAGAUUUAUUAGUUUUAGACUCUUAACCCUUUAUGCCAGUCUUUUAAAAUGGUUAAAACUAAUUACUUGGUAUUCCGGAAGUUAUCAUUGAUAAUUAUCUAUUGGGAAUGAAAAUAUUAAGAAUUGCUAUGGUCAAUCUUAUAAAUAAAGAAUAGAAUAUACUUAGUUAAAAAUUUGUUGAUAGACAUAAACGAACUAAUUUUAUUAUAGAAUUAAAAGCUGAAAUUAGUCCAAAUGAUGAUAUCAAAGAAUAGGUGAUCAUUUCUAAACUUAAAAUUGUUAAGUUUAGUGGAACUUUUGAAUUUGGAUAAAUCUAUAAAACAAUGGCUGAUUUAACUACAAAAAGAAGAAAACAUGUUGAUGUCCCAUUCAAAAGUGUAGAAUUAUUAGAUUAUUUUCGAGAUUACUUGUUGAAUUAAAAAUAAACUGUUUUUGUCUGUAUUAAUAGUGAUAGCGUUGAAACUGUUAAAUUAGGUUCACUUAUUGGAUAAAUAAUGAAUAAAUCUUAAUUCCUGACCUUUUCCAUUUAUUAAUAAAAUGCAUAAUUAAAAGACAUAAUGAGUAAUCAAUAUGAAUCAUUGAAUUUAUUUCAUAAAGAGUUUAGUUAAUAUAAUGAGAGCAAGAAAGAGAGAGGCAAGAUAAUCUUUAGCAUUUUAAUUGGAAUGGCAAAUCUAUAUAAAAUGAUGUUAAAAUUAUUUGAUUAAGCAAGUGAAAUUAAAUAUAAAUUAAAUUGCUUAUAUUCAUAAGUGAUUAGUUUUCAUUGUUCCAAAUAUAAUAAUAUAAUUAAUACAGAGGAUUGUAAAGAAUUCUAUUUAGCUAAAAUUUAAUUAUAUGCAAUUGAGCAAGUGUAAACAGUUGAAUUGACUUGUUAAUCAAUGGCAAUAGAAUUAUUAAAUGAUUUAUUUGUUAAGAAUUAAUAAUUAACAAAAUUGAGAAAAGAGAUGAUUCAAUUUGGUAAACAAUUCAAUAAACAUUAAUAAUUGUCUUAAUAUGAUUUACAAAGACUUAAUAAUACUCAUCAAUUGGUGACUAAAUUAUUAAUAAUAUUUGAAUAGCGAUUGGGUUAUAAUAUUCUAAAUUAGAUUGAUUAGAAAUAUUAUUAAAUGUUUGAUAAUGUGCUGGAUAUAGCAUAAUUGUAUAAAGAAGAUGUUUAGAUAUAAAAUUAGGACACUUAAAAUUAAACUUAGACUUAGACUAUAAAAAAGUAGACUUAAAUAAAUAACACAACAAAGUUUUUUAAACCUACUUUACCAAGUAAAAAAGAGCCUCCUUAAAGAUAGAGAUUCACUGAUGUAGUUUAACAAUUAUUUCAUGAUGAAAAUACUAAGGAAUAUUAUUCAGCUAAGUCUGUAUUUGGAUUGACAAAAAUAAGUGAUUAACCAUAAAUGAGAUAAACAGUAAAAUCUGAAUUAUUUGAUAAAUUAUAAUCUAGAUAAACAAAUAAUAUAAAGGCAAUAGUAUUAGAGGAAUAGAAAUAUCGGUAUUAAAUAAUUUAAAUUGUUUAGAUUCUUCAGAUCAACAGGAGUGGGAUUCAUUAAAAAUUCUUAUAGAAGUGGAAGUUUAAGAGCAUAAUCAUAGAUGUUACCAAGAAUAGUUUAAUUUGAGAGUGUUGACCAUACUAAUUAGAAUUAAUAAUUUUGA